AAACAGUAAUUUCUGACAGCUGAGACAGAGAGAACAAAAGGGGCAUCGUCCUUAUCUACCCCUUUGGCCAGGAGCGGUGGUGGAUAUGGAAUUAUAGGACGGUCAACAGUGUCUCCGACUCCAAAGCUUUGAUAUAUUUAGCCUCGAAAACUUCCUUCCUUGUUUACACUAGCUUCUGUUUCUAGAGGGUUCAAAGUUCCUAAGGGGUAGGUGAAGAAAAAGAAAUCCAGAAGCAGGAAAUGGAAGGCCACGGCGAAGAGCAGCAUCCCAAGUCCAGAAUUGUCAAGGUUGACUCUUUGGAGUUAUGGGACUUCUAUGUUAGCCAAGCCACCACUCAAGGCUGCCCUAUUGUUGUGCACUUCACUGCUGCAUGGUGCAUGCCUUCAGUGGCUAUGAACCCGUUUCUUGAGGAAUUGGCUUCAAGCUACCCUGAUGUUCUGUUUCUCACACUUGAUGUCGAUGAGGUUAAGGAGGUUGCAACUAAAUUGGAGAUAAAGGCCAUGCCCACAUUUUGGGUGAUGAGAAACGGUGCUCCGGUUGACAAACUUGUCGGUGCCAAUCCAGAGGAGAUAAGGAAAAGGAUAGAUAGUUUUGUGCGGUCCAUUCGUGUAAAUGCAGCAGCAUAAUUCCAAUAUUAAGUGUGAUAUUGUCCUUUUGAAAGUGUGAAAUGUGUGACUGGUGGUCCAGCAUCAAAACAGAUGAUAAAGUUAGUGUGCUUUGUGUGGGGUUUGAUUUAAAUAUCAUAACUAUUUUUUU